UAUACGCCAGUCAAAAGCUUACGUCAUCUUCUGUCUAUUAUCCUUCCUGAUUUAUGCCUUUCCCCGCCUCUCACUGAUCCUCAAAACCCUAAUCAAAACCUCAAAAAAUUGAUGAUAUUCGAGGUUUACAUAAAAUUAGUAGUUUUUUCCUCUUUUCUUAUCUAAUCUAAAUCUAAUCGUUUGAGCAAUGGAUGAUUCCGAUGAAGAAGGUCCGUAUUUAACAAAGCCCACAUUUCGAUCAAAGCCAGCAAUUCGAAACCCUCACUCUUAUCCGCUCAACACCCAUUACACCACAAACGACGCCAUCUUUGCCCAGGAAGAUGACGAAUUUGAGGAUGACGAAGAAAGCCCACAAUUUCAAAAUGCUCAAAGCGGGUAUUAUUAUCAAUCUUUCUAUGAGGAUGAGCCCAAGCGAAGCAAAAAGAAAAGAAAGUUGGAAUCUUUGGUCCCAAAUUACGAGCUUGCCCCUCGCGCUGGGCUGAAUGCACCAAAAAGUUCCAAUCUUGGUGGUGGGAGCUCGAGGGAUUCCUGGAAUGAAGAGGAGAGCUUUGUGCUGUUGGAGGUUUGGGGGGAGAGGUAUUUGGAGCUGGGGAGGAGGAGUUUGAGGGCUGAGGAUUGGGCUGAGCUGGCCGAGAAAGUCUCCGAGAUGAGUGGAAGGGAGAGGAAUGAGAUGGAGUGCAGGAAUCAAUUGGAUGUAUUAAAGCAGAAAUACAAGAAAGAGCGGGCGAAAAUGGAGAAAGUUGGAGGUGGAUUCUUGAGCAAGUGGGUGUUUUUUAAGAAAAUGGAUGUGUUAUUGAAUCUGAGGAUGAGAGGGCAUGUUGGCUUGGGUUGUGGGGUUGAUUCUGGGGAGUACGUGUUUAUGAAUCCGCGGGUGUAUUUGGAUAAGUCUAAUGUGUUGGAUGAGAUGAGGGAUAGUCCUGGAGUGUCUGAUGAGGAGAAUGAGGAGGAAGAGGAGGGUUUGGGACUAGGGAAGGACGAGGAGGAUGGAGAAUCGGCUAGACUGUUGGCUGACUCGAUUCAGAGGUUUGGAGAGAUUUAUGAGAAGAUUGAGAGUAGUAAGAGGAGACAAAUGAUGGAGCUGGAGAAGAUGAGGAGAGAUUUUCAGAGGGACUUGGAGUUGCAAAAGCAGCAGAUAGUUGAGAGGGCACAGGCUGAGAUUGCUAAAAUAAGAGAAGGGGUUGAAGAGGAGGAUGAUGACGAGGAAGAAGAUGAUGACGAGGAGGAGGAAGAUGAUGACGAUGUUCAGAAUGAGAAUAUCCAGGUGUGAUACAGUUUAUGUGCAGCGCUCCGAGGCAAUCUGCUCGUUGUGGUCAAACACAUAAUUGCAGCAUCACCAAUUAAGUGUUGCUUUUGUCCUACUAAGACUUCGCCUGAUAUUUAAAUUUUCAAAGAACAGUUUCAUGUUGAAAGGACACGCAUAUGACUGUACUUAUUCUAUUUGCAGGAGGGAGAGCGUUUAUGAGAAAUGAAGGUCACCCUUCUACUGGACUUCAGCAUCGAUGGCCAACUGCCAGAGUGGUUGUUUUGGGAAAGUUUUGGCUCUUUUUGAGUACCUCGCCAUAUACCUUUUGUUUCUUUUUUGGUGCAAGGGUAAUUUGGAAUUACUCCAUCUUGCAAGUAUGACAAUGAAUUUCUGUAUCUACUGUUAGGCUUUAGUAUGAAAUCUGGUAUUUUUGGUUAGGUACAGUAGCUUUCUAUUCUCUAUCUUUCUAAUUACCACAACAUGUUAGCUCAAUUUUGUUUUCCACCAGCAUCUACUUCUUGUUUGAUAUGAAACAAUAAAAUGGGAAUCCAUGUGAAAACACAUUCUUGAUCA